UGAUCAAUUUUUAACUUUUUAGUCAAUAGUCAAAUAUUAGGCCAUCCAUUUUUUUAUUAGUAGAUUUGUUAGAUGUUUUUCAAGCGUCAAUUUUUUUUAUAUAUGUUAAUGAAUAUAUGAUGAAAUCAAAAAAAUGAAACAAGACAGUUCUGACGAUGAUUUAUUAACAGACCCUUCUGCUAUUGCAGUUUCUCAAAAAAAGCAUAAAAAACAUAAACAUAAGAAGCACAAGAAAAAGAAAAUUGUGCAAGAUGGUGAAAAUUACAUUGGUGUUUCUAUGGACUCUGACUUAAAAAAAACAUUUAAAGUGCGAAUUAGGAAGGAAGAAGAUAAGAGCUCUGAUAAAGUGAAAGAAAAGAUUUUCAAACUAACGAAUCUCAACAUGGCCAGUACAAGCACAGGACUUUCACCAAAAACUGUGAAGAAAAAAGUUGUUAAAACUAAUCGUGGGAAAGAUAGUGGCACCAGUAGUGAAGAAGAAAGGUGGUUGGAUGCUAUUGAAUCCGGUAAAUUGGAAGAGGUAGACGAUGAACUGAAAAAAAUUAAACCCAAAGAUCCCAAAUUAAUGACUGCUAGGCAGAGAGCAAUGUUUGAACGUAAAACAGAUACAGAACCUAAUUCAGGCAUAGAACAAUUAAUGUCUUUGCCAACUGGCUACAAAGAAAAAGUUAUGACUGCAGAAGCUAUUCAGAAAGCAGCUUUAAAAUCUUUAAAGCGUAAACAACUGGCAGAUGAAAAGAGAGAAAAAGAUAAAAAAAAAACUAUGGAGAGGUUACUAAAAAAGCAAGAAUCUAAGACAUCCAAAGUUGUUACAAAGGGUAAAGUGUCAAAGAGACAAGUUCCAAUUACUACAUACAAAAAUAACUCAGAAGGCAGCUCAUUAUCACUACCACUUGGUGAACUGUUUCCAUUAAUUGAUAAAAAAGGAAAGGAACCACCAAAAGUAACUAUAUGUGGAGUACCACUCUGUUCUAAUACAAAAAAAUAUUCGUGUUCAAAGACAGGCAUUCCAUUGUGCAGUUUAGAAUGCUACAAAAUGAAUAUUGCUGGAAUUGUAUCUUAACUGACAGUCAAGUUGUAAAAUUAGUUUAAUACUUUUUUACUUUUCAUUUGCUUUAAGUAAUUGAGACAAAAGAUUAAAAAGCUUGAUUAGUUUAUUGAUUUUUUUCGAAAGCUUUAUAAUAACUCGAUCCAAAACAGUCUCGUGAGCUAUUAAUAUCACUUGAAAAUAGCUUAUAUUAUUAACUAAGAGUCGAAAAACUCG